CCAGUCAGUAGAGGGUGAGCCAGGCGUGCGUGCACACUGUAGGAAGAUGGCAAUUUUCGGACGUUCCCUGGCAGACGACAGUAUUGUCCACUACAGCCAUACAUGGACGGCCCUGUUGUUUCUACUGUUGGCCUUGUUUACCUGGGUCCUGCCCUUGUUUCUUCCCAGCGGCCAUCAUUCAGGGGAAGCUACCGAUACAAUGUCUGUACAUUGCUACGCUCCGGCCCAAUUUACUAACGAGCAAGUAGCAUACACAAAUGCUAUCUGUGGCGCAGCGUACAAGAAAGCUGUGUCUCCCGCCAACGUGAACAACUCUGAUUCCACGUCUGCUGCCAUCUUGUAUAAACUGAAGACGAAUGACGAGAGCCAAAUCUCGCGAGACCAGACACGGUUCGGUGCUAAAGAUGAGCCACCACAGAACUCUUCAGACUCUGCACGUGUAGUGGACUCACAAGGCGAAUCUUUGAGGUACUUAACCUCCCACAUACCAGUUCUGUUGUUUGUCUUUGCCGUGUGUCUGAAACUCACCCAGGUGUUGUGGGGGAUGUACUCACGCUGCUGUGGUGUCAACGUUCAGAAAACUCUAGAAAACGUUCACAAGAUUUCAACAGCUCCAUCAGAGCCUCGAGCCAAGCUGAUGGAGGGGGUCUGGGGCUCUCAUGUUCCUUCCUGCUGGACCACCGUGGGGUUCCUGGUGUACAGACUUGCACUGUGUAGUGUGUCAGUCUGUCAGCUAGCAUUCAUUUACUGCUACCUUCAACCGGAAGUCGGCCAUCUUGGAUCGCAUUCUACCUCCUCGCAUCAGGACUACUACGACACUCCCCUGAUGUGUAAGUUCAGCUUAAUUCGGCUCGGGCGUACAGAGGCCUACGCCAUUCAGUGUGUUUUUACUCAAAGCCCGGCGCAACCUGAGCUGACCUACGACACAACCUACGCCAUCUACGUCUCGUUAUCCGCUGCUCUAGUGUUUGUCCUAGCGUCCUUGUCCAUCCUGAACAUCGCAAACCUGAUCACGUGGUUGCUCAGACUGUGGUCACGCCCCUGCAGACGUCACGUGAGCAGGCAAGACAACCUAGCUACCGAUGUUUACCUUAUUCUAUUUUUAGCGCGAGACAACUUUGGCCAGCAGACGGCAACAGAACUGGCUGACAGCUAUCAGAGGGGGACAGAAUCUCUGGGAGACGGGUCAAUGGAGCUAAAGACUGCUGAAGCUUAAGUCUACAUCUCGCUGAUUUUCUACCCUUUUUGUAAUGAUCAGCUUCUCACUUUCUGUCAAUAUACUUACACUAUAUUCAUCAUUUUCUGUUAAUACAGUUAUAUUACAUUCUUCACAU